GGGUACAGAGCUGAGACUUCCGAGCCUCAUAGCUCGGACUCUGUGGUCUCGCAUGGGCAACUUCGCUGGCGGUGGUCCACCGGCAGAUGAAGAACAACAGAAGGCAGCCUUCAGAGCUUGCUUGCAGAAGAACUGCGUGCCACAGGUGCAAAAUGUGCUCCAACUGCGGUCCUCCAACCAGCUGGGGACGAAGUUCCAAGUGGUGAGCACCGGGAAGGCCGAAACCCGGCCAGACCCACGGAACUCCAACUUGGCACGGCAGACCGCGGAAGCGGAUGAGCGUUUGCUCGAGUGCGAGCAGCAAUGCGCCCAAAGGUGUUGGCCCGAUGCCUUGACCAAGCCCUGGUUGGGCACGGUGGCCGUGGACAUGGCUGGAGUCCUGGAAGACCAGUUGCGUACAAGAUGUGAAUCGCAGAUUCCUUGACCUAAGCUUGAGUGCGCCGGGGGUGAUUGCGAGGAAGACAAACCACGAUAGGCCUUGUACAGAAGUACGUUGGCGACUCUCCUAAAGGAUGCAGAGCAAUGAAGAAUCAAGGUGUGAGAAAGGAGUUGUUGCAUGAUUCUGCAUGUCCUGAUUAUUGAGGCAAGUCAUACUUGGAGUUAUGUUUGGAUUGGCAAGAAUCCUUUGAAGAUGUGUUUCAGGAGGUUCAUGUCAAGGUUUGCGUACAAGAUGUGCAUCGCAGUUUCCUUGACCUGAGCUUGAGUUUGCCGGGCAUGAUUGCGAGGAAGGCAAACCACGAUAGGCCGUGUGAUGAAGUACGUUGGCAACUCUCCUAAAGGAUGUAAAUCCGUCCAGGUCAGUCUGUGAGGAGGCAUUUGUAUGCAUUUGUCGC